ACUGUAGCCUUUAGCUUGGCCUUUAGCUUGCUGCAUCGCUUGGCAAUCCGCACCGUCUUGGACGCGGGCGCGGCGUCCCUCGCCGUGACCGCUAUGCCGCAAGGAGUGCAUACGGCGUUGGUGCUGGUGCUGUUAUGCAUCAAAGCAUACGGGUUGCAGGCCGUUGGACCGGCAUACCUUGCGCCAGGUGAUGGCGAGUCCGCCGAUAAUCGUAGCAGUAGCAGCAAUCCCGCUGAGCUGCUCAGGUCCUGCUAUAACCGGCACUUUGACCCUACGCCAGCGUCCUUCCAGGGCUGGCUGAGCGGCCGGCAUGCAAGUUUGUUCCUGGCCGAUGUAUGGUGGUCGCCGCAGGGUGGUGGCGACAGCACUGGCAGAGGCCGAGAGAGCCGGCGGCCGCUCGUGACGCUGUUCACCAUGGCUUCUCUGGAUCGGCUGGGAAUGGUCGAGGCGCAGUGCCGUGGGUACGCGGGGCCUCUGUCCGCGGCGAUCCACCUGCCGCUGAUGGUGCAGGCGCAGGGCGAAGGCGGCGCGGCUGUGGGGCAAUGGCAGUAUGAGGAGGACACGUACGUUGAGGGUUAUGAGAAUCCAGGUCCAGAUUUGGAAGCAGUCGAGCAGGGGGGGUGGGAGGAGCAGGAGGGCCUACCUGCGGGCCCCGACGUGGCAUCGGCAGCUGCACGAGGCGCCCGUGGCGGUGGCAGUGGAAGUGCCAGUGGUAUUACCAAGGACAGGAGCGGGGGCGGAACUAGGAGCGGCGGCAGCAGGGGCAUGUCACUGCCGGAGUUUCGGGCGCGGCUAUCGACUCCCAACCGGGAGCUGCUGGACUCCACACGCAGGCGCCUGCGGGCGCUCUUCGACUCCAUGGAGCAGGCAGCCGCCGCUGCCACCACCGCCGCCUCCCGGCGGCCCUGCGCGCUGCGGCUGCUGCUGUUCGCUGAGCUGGUGUCUGACGCCCAGCUGGCGGCGGUGAUGCCCACGAACGCAUUGCGCAACGCCGCGAGGCUGGCGGCGACCACCCGCCUGGCGGCCAUGCUGGAUGCGGACCUGGCCGUCAGCAGCCGCUUCAGCAGCCUUGCGGAGGAUUCGGACUGGGUCGCACGGGUCGCGGAGCUGGCGGAUGGGAAACAACCCUCGAUUUGCAUCUUGCCGGCAUGGGAGGCAACCAUCGCCACAACCGCCACCAAUUCCGGCACGACAGCAAGCGGGUUGGAUGCACAGGCGGCAGAGCUCCAGGCGGUGGAGGCCACCAUUGCAGGCUCCAAGCCCGAGGUGGUGGGCCUGUGGCGGGCGGGGCGGCUGCAGGUGUUCCACGAGGACGGCUGCCGCCGCUGCCACGGGCCCAUCAACCACAAGCGCUGGGCGACGGCGAAAGAACCCUACACUGUCAAGUGGGCGCAGGCGUUUGAGCCCUGGGGCAUCCUGGCCAGGCACCGCGACCCAGGAUACGACGAGCGGUUCCGCGGCUGGUGCUACGACAAAAUCCAACACGUGGAGUCCCUGGCGCGGCUGACGCGCCUGGGCUUCACCGUGCUGCCCGACGCCUGGCUUGUGCACCGCCCCCACCGCCGCACUAGCAUUGCAACGCUGAGCCACGGGGGCAGCGGUGCAAGUAGUAGCAGCAAGGAGAAACACUCAAAACCAGGCGGCGGGAACCAGCAGCAGAAGACAAGCAGCCAUCAGGCGGCGACACAGGACGAGGUCAGCCCUCUGCUGCAGGUUCUGCUCACACCGGACGGUCGCAAUGCGACCGCGUACCAGCUCUACCGCGCGUACGUGAACAGGCUGAUUCGGGCCGAGCGUAAAAUGCUGGGCGGAGGCGGCAGUGGACACAGUAGCAGCAGCGGUGGCAAGGCGCCCGAUAAAGACAAGUUGAAUACGGUCAAGGACGAGGAAUUGCAGCCUGCGACGGGUCAACACCCGCCAGUUGGCGGCCGCGUGACGUCGGGCUACCGACCUCAGCUGAGCCCGCAGUACACAUUGUGUCGUGAUGUGUUGCCAUGGUGGAAUGCACGGAGCCAGGAGCUAUUAUAGAAGCGAACCUACUUUGAGUAGGGUUAGCCGGAUGCACAACCAUUGAUGGUCAAGGAGGUCAAUGGAGGUAGAUGGUCAGCUCUAAGGUUGACCGAGGAGUUGGAGCAUGGCACCGUGUGCAGCCCGUUCCCACCUCUAGUCAAAAUGGGAUGCCCCUCCCGUGUAGUUCUUUGGCUGGCCUGCCCGCCAAUCUUAUGUUACGGUUGGCACUGCUGCCCGGCCCAAGGGCAGAUACAACUCGUGCUAAGUGUAGCAGACGCCCAGAGCCCUCGACGUCCAAGCUAGGCUAAGUGAGGCUUGGAAGGCAAUGCUGCUGGAAGGCAAUGCUGCAAUCAGGCUGCUUGAGAUGCAGCGUCUUCAGGCCUUCAGACCAGUCAUCCCUAUCCGAAGGAAGUCCGCGAUGCAUGCGAUCAGCCGGUAAAUGCCUAGGCCUCUCGCGCACGCUUGCAGCCGUCCCCUACGAGG